CAGGAUAUGAUGAUCUUGACUAAUGGAAUGUAUUGAAAAAGUAAAACCUUAAAAGUGGAAACUUAGAGCAGCACAGUCAACUCUAGAAACAACUUUGAAUAAUCUCAAAUUUAACAUCAGCAAACCAAAAAUGUCUUAUUACGGCAAUGUGGAAAUUCACGAAACGCACAAAAUGAAGAGAGAGGAGGAAGAGGAGAUGGAAAUUUAUGCUAACGCAGAUCCAAGUAACAGUUCUGAUGUUUGGACAGAAAUGGACAACUCGGUUACCAGACACAAGAAACUCCAACACACAGGAAGUUAUUCCGUGAGGAUGAAAAACUCCAGAGCAGCUCCAGUGUGUUUGGUGUUGCUGUGUUUUCUUCUGCUCACUGUAGUCAUGGUGUUGAGUGUCCUCAUCUAUACAAACAACACAAACUACACUGAAGAGAAACACCAGCUAAUAACAAACAUCACCAACAUCACAGAAGACAGAGACGCACUGGUAAACAAGAUCAUCAACCUCACAGAAGACAGAGACAAGCUACUAACCAACAUUACCAACCUCAUAGAAGACCAAAACCGGCUACAAGCCAAGAACAUAAGGCUUACUCAAGAGAAAGAUGAAUUAUCGUCAAAUAAACAAGACCUGAUUAAACAAAGAGACCACCUAAAUCAAGAAAAGAAUGAACUGCUGAAAAUGGAUGAAUGGAUUUACUACCGUUCCAAUGUUUACUACUUUUUCAAGUUGAAGAAAAGCUGGACUGAGAGCAGAAGAGACUGUAGAAACUAUGGAGCAGAUCUGGUCAUCAUAGACAAUAGAGAAGAGCAAGAUUUUGUUGAUAAAAUAACUGCUGGUGAGAAAGUCUGGAUUGGUCUGUCUGACAGUGAUGUGGAGGACAGUUGGAAAUGGGUUGAUGACAGCAAACCAACCUCUUGGUUCUGGCAUCAUGGAGAGCCUUCCAGUGGUGGAGGACAAGUGGAAGAAGACUGUGUUCUAACUGUUACAUCAGCAUGGGCUGAUUACCCAUGCAAUGCUGAAUUCCAAUGGAUCUGUGAGAAGAGAGUUUUUAAAUAACAAUUUUCUUAUUUAUUGUCACCUCUUUUUUGCUAUUCCAGUUUAUUCUGUUGGCAAAACUUCUUGUUAAAACCAUCUAAUGCUGAAAUCUUAAUCCAUGUAUUAAUAAUGUCACUGGAUCUGGAUUGCAAUACUACUUUUUUGUUCUGCCUAAAAAAAUGUAUUGCCAGGUUGCAGUGUUUAAAACUCAGCAGCAAGAGUUUUCAUUUCUGCUCACAUUACCCCUCUACUGUACAAGCAUCACUGGAUACCUGCACCAUCGCAUAUACAGUUGAAAAUAUUACUUGUAUUUAAAUCAUCAACUGUGCUUCCACAUCUUUCUGACCUACUGUACCUAUUACUCUCCUGCCUCAAAGCUCAGAUCAUCUGAGCUUGAUCUUUUGGCUGUUCCUUCUUUUCAGCUGUAGGUGGAAGUUUUGGUGUCAAUGCUCCCAAGUUAUGGAAUGCACUGCCUCUUACACUUAUAAAUAUCAGAUUUGUCUACCUUUAAUGCAUAUUUUUAAUUAGUAUUUUGCAUAAUGUAGCUUCAGUGGCCAUAUAUGUAUGUUGUCUAUGUGAAUGUGCAAUUUGUUAAGUGACCUUAAGCA